AUGGCUACAGUAUCACCGAAUCCAUCAAGUAUCCGUUUCGCAGACAUCGCCGUCAAUUUUACCGAUCCGAUGUUUCAAGGCAUCUACCAUGGCAAAACCCGACAUGAUCCCGAUCUUGACCAUGUGAUCUCCCGUGCUCGAUCCAGCGGAAUAUCUCGAAUGCUCAUCACUGGAACAUCUUUGUCUGAGUCUCGAGCGGCUUUAGACUUAGCCAAGAAGUAUGACCUUCAUUGUACUGCAGGAAUACAUCCCACAUCAACAUCAGAAAUUUCAAACCAUCCUUCCGGUCCAGAAGAUUACUUAUCAAAAUUGAGAGAAUUAAUCGCGAUCGACAGAGGAGAAGGGGGUAGUAAACGUAUAAUCUCCAUUGGUGAAAUUGGACUUGAUUAUGAUAGAUUACAUCAUUCUCCCCGUGAAACUCAAUUACGAUACCUUCCCAAACUCUUGAGUUGGGCAAAGGAAUUCAAUCUUCCACUUUUCUUACAUUCCCGAUCUUCAGAAGCGCAUGUCGACUUGAUGCGGAUUUUGAGAGAAGUAGGAUGGGAUGAAAGUUGGAGAGGUGUGAUUCAUUCUUUUACUGGAACGAAGGAAGAGAUGUAUGAGCUUAUUGAGCAAGGUUUGUAUAUCGGUAUAAACGGUUGCGCUCUGAAGUUAUCCCAGGGUUUAGAUGUAGUUCGAGAAAUUCCAGAAAAUCGUAUAUUACUUGAGACUGACUCCCCAUGGUGUUCCAUAACAUCUACACACGCUUCUUACCCUUUUCUUCCCCCCACCUCAGCACAACUCAAAAAGGUGAAUCAUAAAUCUUGGUCAGCGGAUACCGGUAUCAAAGGUCGACAAGAACCUUCAGAUUUAAUUUCGAUAGCUCAUAUCGUCGCUAAGAUAAGAGGUGUAACUUUGGAAUAUCUCGCUAGGGUAUGUUGGGAGAAUACUGAGAGAUUAUUUCAUUCUUGA